UUGAGCUUUAGCAGUAUUGUGAAACCUCCUGCAAAUGAUGGAAAAAAUUUCGAGCUGUUAAUUUUACACAACAAUGAUAUGCAUGCACGAUUUGAACAGACCUCCCAGCUUAGCGGAGCCUGCACCACACUUGAUAGAGAAGCUGGAAAAUGUUACGGAGGUUUCCCGAGAGUAGCGACUGUAGUGAAAGAGGCUCGAAGAAAAGCAGAAUCCGGCGAAGGUCCACCCGUUUUGUAUCUAAAUGCUGGUGAUACUUACACAGGCACGGCCUGGUUCACAAUCUACAAAUGGAAGGUUGCUGCGGAAUUCUUAAACGCUCUACAACCAGAUGCUGUUUCGCUUGGAAACAAUGAACUUGAUAAAGGAUCAACUAACCUUUCUCCAUUUUUGGAAAACUUAAAUUCUCCGGUCCUGGCUUGUAAUGUUAUUGUAAAUUCUAUGGAAACUAAACAAAAGAUACAAAAGUCGAUCGUAAAAGAUAUUAAUGGUGUAAAAGUAGGUAUCGUUGGAUAUCUAAAGUUAGAUUCAGACAUUCUUGAUAGUACUGGCUAUAUUGAAUAUAUUGAUGAAGUAAUAGCACUAAAAGAAGAAGCGACUAAGCUGAAAACAGAAGGAGUUGAAAUAAUUAUAGCUUUAGGGCAUUCUACGCCUGAAAAAGAUAUAGAAAUAGCAACAGAAGUGGAAAAUAUAGAUUUAAUUAUAUCAGGUCACAGAAAUAUGUUUUAUUCAAAUGGAUCAAAUGCGGAAAUUGAAUUAGAACGGAUCUUAAAACCUGUAAUGAUUACUCAGAAAAGUGGUAAGAAAUUACCAAUUUUACAGUCCUUCACAUAUGAUAAAUAUCUAGGUAAAGUACACGCUGUAUUCGAUUCCGAUGGAAAUCUUAAAUUGUUACAAAGUAACCCAAUAUUGCUAGAUAAAACCAUACAACAAAGUGUUGAUAUGUCUGAUAUUAUCAAAAAAUAUACUGAGGAACAAAUGACAUCAUUGGCGACAAUCAUUGGUGAUACGGUCGUUGUUAUAGAUGGUAGUAAUUGUAAGAAAGAAGAAUGCAAUCUGGGUAACUUAAUAACGGAUUCAAUGAUGUUUUAUUACGCUACCAGAUAUGAAGGUGAACACUGGACUGAUGCCCCUAUUGCUAUUAUAAAUGGAGGAUCUUUAUCGGGCACUUUAUCACCAUUAAUUAGGCCUUUUCCAAUUAGAAGAUCCGAUUUAAUAAACUUUCUACCAGGACCAAGUAACUUAGUGACGAUUACAAUGUCUGGAACCCUGCUUAAGCAAAUGCUUGAAGAAUCAGUAGCCAAUUAUACACUUAACAAUACUUCAGAACAAUUCCUCCAAUUUUCUGGAAUAAGAGUAAUCUACGAUAUUUCUAAAGAUCCUGGUUCUAGAGUGAUAAGUGCAGUAAUUCGCUGUGGGGAUUGUGAUAUCCCAGAAUUCAUUGAGUUACAAGAAGAGAGGUUAUAUAAAAUUAUAAUUCCCUCGAUACUAGCAAGUGGCAAUAAUGGAUAUUCUAUGUUAGGUAACUUAACAAAAGAAAGUUUAAACUACGACGCUGUAGCAACUUUAACAGAAUUUAUUCAAAUGAGAAGUCCGGUGUAUCCCGAAAUAGCUGAUAGAAUAAUCUUAUUAAACGUGCCAGAACACAACGAACCCGAUUCUGCUGCCUCAACUAAAAUAUCUUUAGCAAUAUUAAUAUAUACAAUAUUUACAAUUGCUGUUUCUUUGGGCAAUCAUGAAUUCGACAAUGGUAUCUCCGGAUUAACUCCAUUUAUAACGAACUUAACGUGUCCAGUUUUAGCUGCAAACAUUAUACUUGAUAAAGUUCCAGAAUUGAAAAAGGAAGAAAAUUUGUUGACAUCAGUUAUUUUUAAUAUAAGUAACGUUAAAGUCGGUGUAAUUGGAUACCUAACUCCUGAUACGAAAUUUUUAGCAAUAAAGAACGACGUGGAAUAUAUUGAUGAAGUUGCAGCAAUCAGGCGCGAGGUUAAGAAUUUGAAAACUCAGGGUGUAAAUAUAUUGAUAGCUUUAGGACAUUCAGGUUUCACCAAAGAUAAAGAAAUAGCGUAUGCAGUAGACGGUAUAGACCUUGUUAUUGGAGGUCAUACUAAUACAUUUUUAUGGAACGGCUUAACUUCAGACAUGGAAAUUCCAGAGGGUCCUUAUCCCAUGUACGUUAAACAAGCAUCAGGCAAACUAGUUCCGGUCAUGCAGGCUUAUGCCUAUACGAAAUAUUUGGGAAAGUUACUCCUAACGUUCAACUCUGACGGCGAAAUAGUCAAUGUAACUGGAAAUCCUAUCCUUUUAAACAAUUCAAUACAACAGGACCCCGACGUUUUAGCUAUUGUAAAAAGGUAUCAGGACGAAGUGAACGUGAUAUCAGAAACAAUUGCCGGUAACUCAUCAGUAUAUUUAGAUGGUCUAUCAUGUCGGAUAUCUGAAUGUAAUAUGGGAAAUUUGAUAACUGACGCAAUAGUUAAUAAAUACGCAAGAGAAUAUACUGGAAGUGGAUGGACCGAUUCCCCAAUAGCAAUUUUACAAGGCGGAGGUAUUCGAUCCUCAAUCAUUCAUGAUGGUCAGCGUUUUAAUAUAUCUGUAGGCGAUCUAUACGCUGUCAUGCCAUAUGACAGUAGUAUUGUAAAGAUUUCUAUAAAUGGAUCUAAUAUUGUAAAAAUGCUUGAGCAUGCUGUUGCCAGUUUUGGACCAAGUCGUGGAUCGGCAAGGUUAUUACAAAUGUCCGGUAUGAGAGUGGUUUACGACUUGUCUAAGCCUCCCGGAAAGAGAGUUAAACAUAUCGAAAUUCUAUGUGGAAAAUGCGAUAUUCCCAUUUACUCUAAUAUAAGUUUGAAAGAAAAUUACAACAUUCUUGUGAAUAGCUUUCUUUCAAUGGGUGGAGAUGGAUAUACAGUAUUUAAAGAUUUGCCAUCAACUCCUCUACCAUAUAAUGAAUUUCAAUGUACUUUUGAGUAUUUAAAGAAAAUGAGCCCUGUGCAUCCCUCUAUUGAAAAUCGAAUAAUCAUGGCGAAUUCUCUGGGAAACCACGAGCUUGACGAAGGUGUAAGCGGACUAACGCCUUUCAUUGAAAACCUAACAUGUCCCGUCUUAGCGGCAAAUUUAAUUUUAAAUAAAGUUCCUGAAUUAGAAAAGGAAUCUAAUUUGAGAAAAUCUAUUGUUUUAAAUAAAUCAGGUGUUUCUAUAGGACUGAUAGGAUAUUUAACACCAGACACAAAAGUGCUGGCUGUGAAGAAUGAUGUCGAGUAUAUCGAAGAAGUCGAAGCACUCCAAGAGGAAGUGCAGAAAUUGAAAAAAGAAGGGAUAAAUAUAAUUAUUGGCCUUGGACAUUCUGGAUAUUUGAAAGAUUUAGAGAUAGCAAAGAAAGUGGACGGUUUGGAUUUGAUUAUUGGCGGUCAUACAAAUACCUUCCUAUGGAAUGGCACAGUGCCAGACUCUGAAAAGGCGCUAGGACCUUACCCAACGUAUGUCGUACAAGCGUCAGGAAAACUGGUUCCUGUAGUUCAAGCAUAUGCGUAUACAAAAUAUCUUGGUAAAUUACAUAUGGUAUUUAAUUCAAAAGGAGAGUUACUUAGCGCAGACGGUAGGCCGAUACUUCUAGAUAACACAAUUCCUCAAGAUCCCGAAGUGCUAAGCAUCGUCGAUAAGUACAAAGAUAAAAUCUUAAAUUACACUGAAGAAAUCAUAGGCAAUACUUCGGUACUGUUAGAUGGUCUAAGUUGUCAACAUAAGGAAUGUAAUAUGGGUAACUUGAUAGCUGACGCUAUGAUCUAUCGUUAUGUGUCAGAUUACGAAGGUAGAAAGCAGUGGUCAGAUGUCCCAAUUGCUAUUAUUCAAGGAGGUGGUAUACGAUCUUCAAUAGACCAUGCUGAUUUCCCAGCUCCGGUGACUAAAGGUGAUCUUAUUGCAGUUUUGCCAUUUGAAGGAAUACUUGUCGUGGUCACCAUGAGCGGCAAAAUAUUAUUGCAAAUGUUAGAACAUUCUGUAGAAAACCUUACUCAGUUAGAUUAUCCUGGAGAAUUUCUACAAGUUUCUGGUAUCCAAGUUGAAUACGAUAUGAGUAAACCAUCUGGUUCAAGAGUUGCAAAGGCUAAUGUAAGAUGUUGGAAUUGUAGCAUUCCAAUAUAUAGCAGUGUGGUUGAUACUGAAAUGUACAAUGUUAUCAUGCCUAACUUUCUUUCAAAUGGUGGCGAUGGCUAUAAUAUGUUAGAAGGAUUGCCAAAGCGUGCGUUAAACUACAGCGAGCUAACAUCUACGUUGUACUAUAUACAAAAUCACAGUCCAAUUUUACCAGCAUCUCUUGGAAAUCACGAGUUUGAUGAAGAAGUCGACGGCGUCGUGCCUUUCAUCGCAAACCUCUCCUGUCCGGUUUUAGCUGCUAAUCUUAUUCUGGACGAUGUACCUAUACUCAAAGAACAAUCCAAUUUAUACAAAUCUGUUGUCCUAACUAAAAAUGGUGUUGAAAUCGGAAUUAUCGGCUAUUUAACGCCAGAUACAAGCUUCCUAGCUCCCAAAAAUGAUGUUAAAUACGAGGAAGAGAUCUAUGCUAUAAGAAAAGAAUCAUUAAGAUUAAGGAGACUGGGUGUGCAAAUAAUAAUUGCUCUUGGACACUCCGGAUUCGUCAAGGAUUUGGAAAUAGCAAAACAGGUAGAAGAUCUAGAUCUGGUUAUAGGAGGGCAUUCUAAUACAUUUUUAACAAAUACAAAUACGAGCGAAAUUCCAGAAUAUUCAGAGGGUCCCUAUCCCACUUUGGUACGUCAAAAAUCUGGACGAACGGUAUUAGUAGUGCAAGCAUAUGCUUUUACAAAAUAUCUAGGAAGACUGCAUUUAGUAUUUAAUGCUCAAGGAGAAAUAAUUCAUUUUGAUGGAAACCCAAUCCUUUUAAAUAAUAAUUUCAAACAAGACCCUAUUAUCCUAGAGAUGGUUAACCGUUAUAAACUAGAAUUUAAUGAAAUCAAUAGUGAGGUUGUUGGUUCUUCGAUGGUGUUUCUUGAUGGAGUUUCGUGCCGUAUCAAGGAAUGUAAUUUAGGAAAUUUUUUCACUGACGCUGUUGUAUACUACGCAAAACAACAUGAUACUGUGCAUUCUGACGUUAAUAUAGCAGUGAUUCCUGGGGGCAGAAUACGAACGUCUAUAAGCAAUAAUGUUAAACCAUUCAAUAUUACAAAAGGUGAUUUAAUUACCGUUAUACCAUUUAGUGAUUCGCUAUGUAUUAUAACUAUGAAUGGUACAAUACUUAAGGAAGCGCUGGAGCAUUCUGUAGCGUCUUGGCGUCUUCUCGAUGCACCUGGACAAUUUUUACAAAUGUCAGGAAUGGACGUAACUUAUGACUUAGCAAAAAAAGUGGGUUCAAGAGUAAUACGUGCUAGAGCCAUAUGCUCUAAUUGCAAAGAACCUCAAAUUAUAAAAGAAGACUAUGAGUAUAAAAUAAUUACUUCAACAUUUUUAGCAGAUGGAGGGGACAAUUACACAAUGUUUGAAAAUUUACCAAGAGAUGUCAUGCCAUAUAAUGAAGUCGAAAGUGCGUUAUACUAUUUAAGUAAAUACAGUCCAAUAAAUGCAGUAGUUAGCAACAGAAUAGUUAUUCUUAACGAUAACAAAUUAAAUAGCAUUCCAUUUAGUAAUGAAGAUAAAGAUAAAACGGCUCAAUUGCCGUCAACUGGUCAUCAUAAUAAAACACAUACAGCGAUGUUUUUCUUAUUAUUAAUUAUGAAUUUAUCACUCAUUGGGAGAAGAUAG